GGCAAUUAUAAAAUAACUGGACGCUUCAGAGAUCCGAUCACAAACAGAGAAGUUGGCUGUUUUGAAUUCCGAGGCAGAAUUGUAAAUGCGCCAUCAUUGCAAACUAUCAGUUUGGGACGUCUGUUGUCUCAUUGGUUAAGAAGAGAGUGGGAUUGA